AUGUCAUGUUUUAGCCUCCUCUGUACCUGAGCUGAGCCAGUGGGGACCCCUUUUAUGCUGUUUUCUUCUGCUGUGAUUGACAGUGUCCUCUAACAACAAGUCUUUCAGACUUGGAAGAGCACAGAAAAUGGUAGGUAAAACUUUCAUUUUGAACUUGUGCCUUAUGCAAAGAUCCCAAAUGCAUUGCUGUAUAUCUUGCUCUUCAUAUUUCCAAAGAUGCUGUCAGGAGUUUGGUUUCCCAAAAGUUUACCCUGUGACGUAAAAGUCUCCAAAGCUACUGUGACGGUGGACUGCAGCGAUCGUCGCCUCACACAAAUCCCCCAAGGAAUCCCUAAAAAUGCUACCAACCUUACCCUGACUAUUAACCAUAUCCCACACAUCAAUCCAAAAUCCUUUGCUCAUCUCAAAAACCUCAUGGAGAUUGACUUCAGAUGCAACUGUGUGCCUGUCAGACUGGGGCCCAAAGAUCAUGUCUGUGUCAGGAGACUGCAGAUUGAGAAUGGCAGUUUUGCUGCAUUGACAAAAUUGAAGUCAUUGUAUUUGGAUGCAAAUCAGCUAUUGGAAAUACCACGAGGUCUUCCUACAACUUUACGUCUGCUGAGCCUGGAAGCGAACAGUAUCUUUUCUAUCACAAGAGCAAAUUUGUCAGAGCUAAGAAACAUAGAGAUAUUGUAUCUGGGACAGAACUGUUACUACCGUAAUCCCUGCAAUGUUUCAUUUGAAAUUGAAGAAACAGCCUUUCUGGACCUGAAAAAUUUAACAAUACUGUCCUUGAAGUCUAACAACUUAACUUAUAUUCCACCCAAUUUGUCAUCGACUUUAAAGGAAUUGUAUAUUUACAAUAACAUGAUUCAAGUGAUUCAAGAACAUGACUUAAUUGCCCUUCACAACCUAGAAAUCCUUGAUCUAAGUGGUAAUUGCCCACGUUGCUAUAAUGCCCCAUAUCCUUGUACUCCCUGCCCCAAAGGCACAAUUGAGAUGCAUCCAAAGGCUUUUCAGUCCUUGAAACAAUUAAAAAUUCUGCGACUUCACAGUAACUCUCUUCAAAGGAUACUCAGCAGCUGGUUUGAAAACACCAGCAAUCUCAAAGAGCUUGACCUCUCCCAAAAUUUCCUUGCAAAGGAGAUUGGAGAUGCUCAGUUUUUGAAGCUUAUUCCUAGCCUUGUAGAGCUGGAUCUGUCCUUUAAUUUUCAAUUGCAGAUGUACUCUCCUUCCUUGAACCUAUCGAAGACAUUUUCCUCCCUUGUUAACCUAGAAACUCUGAGGCUCAGAGGUUAUGUCUUUAAAGAAUUGAAGCAAGAAAAUCUAGAUCCAUUGCUCAGCCUUAGAAAUCUAACAGUGUUGGAUCUUGGGACUAAUUUUAUCAAAGUUGCUGACUUGAAAGUGUUCAAAAAAUUCCAAGCUCUGAAAUUCAUUGACCUCUCAGUGAAUAAAAUUUCUCCUUCAGGUGAAAGCAAUUGUUACGGAUUUUGCCCUAAUCCCAGAAUUUCAGUAGAGCAGUACAACAGGCGAAUAUUACAAGAUAUGCAUUAUUUCAGGUAUGAUGAGUAUGGGAGAAGCUGCAAGUCCAAAGACAAAGAGGCUGCUUCCUACCAACCUUUGGUUAAUGAGGAUUGCCUGAAAUAUGGAGAAACUUUGGAUUUAAGCAGAAAUAACAUAUUUUUUAUUAGUCCCUCAGAUUUCCAGGAUCUUGGUUUCCUCAGAUGCCUCAACUUGUCAGGUAAUGCCAUAAGCCAAACUUUAAAUGGAAGUGAAUUCAACAACCUGUCUGGACUGAAAUAUCUGGAUUUUUCUAACAAUCGGAUUGAUUUGCUAUACUCCACUGCUUUCAAAGAACUGAAAAAUCUAGAAGUUCUAGAUCUAAGCAAUAACAAACAUUAUUUUCUUGCAGAAGGCGUUACACAUGUGCUUAAUUUUAUGAAAAACUUGCCUUACCUGAAGAAGUUGAUGAUGAAUGAGAAUGAGAUUUCUACCUCUAUUAGCACAGGGAUGGAAAGCCAGUCUCUCAAAGUUUUAGAAUUCAGAGGAAAUCGCUUAGAUGUUUUAUGGAUGGAUGGAAAUGCUAGAUACCUGUCAUUCUUCAAGAAUCUGACCAGCCUAGAGGAACUGGAUAUUUCCUUCAAUUCUCUCACUUUUUUGCCUCCUGGUGUUUUUGAAGCUAUGCCUCCAGAACUCAGGAUACUCAACUUAACCAAUAACAAGCUGAAGAAUUUCAGCUGGACAACACUCCGUUUCCUACAGAAACUAAUAACAUUGGACCUUAGCAAUAACCUUCUGACUACAGUUCCCGGAGAACUGUCCAAUUGCUCUUCAACCCUCCAAGAACUGAUACUCCGAAACAAUCGUAUUCAGCGGCUAACUAAACAUUUUCUCAGAGGUGCUUUUAAUUUGAAAUACUUGGACCUCAGCUCAAACAAGAUCCAAAUAAUUAAGAAAUCUAGUUUUCCUGAAAAUGUCAUCAACAAUCUGAAGGUGUUGCUUUUGCACGGCAAUCCUUUCAAAUGCAAUUGCGAUGCAGUGUGGUUUGUCUGGUGGAUCAAUCAGACCCAUGUGACUAUUCCACUCCUGGCCACAGAUGUAACCUGUGAUGGCCCAGGAGCACAUAAAGGAAAAAGUGUGAUUUUCUUAGAUCUGUAUACCUGUGAGUUGGACACCUCCUAUUUGAUCCUGUAUGCUAUGUCAGCUUCAACUGUCCUAGGUUUUAUGGUGUUCACAGUUAUGAGCCAUCUCUAUUUCUGGGAUGUGUGGUAUAGUUACCACUACUGUACUGCCAAGUUGAAGGGCUAUCGCCGUUUACCUUUACCGGAUACAUGCUAUGAUGCUUUUAUUGCCUAUGACAGUAAAGAUCCAGCUGUGAAUGACUGGGUGCUAACUGAAUUGGUUGAAAAUUUGGAAGAUAGAAAAGUCAGACAGUUCAAUCUAUGCCUGGAAGAAAGGGACUGGCUUCCAGGGCAGCCAGUCUUUGACAACCUUUCCCAGAGCAUUCAGCUGAGCAAAAAGACCAUAUUUGUCCUGACCAACAAGUAUAUGAAAAGUGGAAGCUUCAAGACAACAUUUUACAUGGCUCACCAGCGACUUAUAGAUGAAAAAAUAGAUGUAAUUAUUUUGAUAUUUCUUGAGAAAGUUUUGCAGAAGUCCCGGUAUGUCCGGCUAAGGAAGAGGCUGUGCAGAAGUUCUGUCCUGGAGUGGCCAACUAACCCUAGAUCUCAGCCUUACUUCUGGCAGUGUCUGAAAAAUGCAAUAGCUAUGAACAAUACUCUGGCUUACAACAAACUUCUCCAAGAAACUGUUUAG